AAUAAAAUACAAAAUAAAACAAAACAACUUUAAACGCUCCAGCAGCGAAUAUUGCGUCCAAUUUGUUGAUUGCAAUUGGCGCCUGCAUGAACUUCAUUAAGCAAUUCGCACUGCAGGCGAGUGGACGCAUCGCAGCGCCUCCCAGUGGACACAAAUUGUGGGCGACUCCACAACGGCAACAGGUAGUUAUCAAGUCUUCAACCCAUUCGGGCAACGGUAAACAUAUGGCUAACUUGGAUAAUUCCGUGCACUCGGCGGGCAUCGAGGAGGUGCACAAUGUACCCAUGAGCGUCAUCAAACGGCCGAUACCCUCGGUCCUGGACGAGAUGAAAGUUCAAUCACUCAUGGCCACCAUCGAUGCGGAAACCGACGCGGAUAAUGUGCCACCGGUUGACAUCUUGUGGAUUACAGGUAGCGAAGGCGGCAACUAUUACUUCAGCUUUGGCGGCUGCCAUCGCUUCGAGGCCCACAAGCGACUUAAUCGGAAAACCAUAAAAGCAAAACUAGUCCGAUCCACAUUAGGUGAUCUUUAUCACUACAUGGGCUCCAGUGCGCCAAAGUAUUUGGCAUAGUUUCAAUAGUAGUUAUUUUUGUUGUCUUUUUUUACUUUUGUUAUUUUUUGCUAAAAUGUUAACAAGUGUGCCCUUAAUA